AUGGUGUCUAUUAAUGUCCAUUUCAUUGUUCUUCACGGUAUAAUCAUAUUGAUAUCAAACGUGCAAUCAAGGAACGUGCUCCUUAUACUUGGGGAUGAUGCGGGAUUUGAGACACAGGUGUACAACAAUCAUAUUUGUAAAACACCAAAUCUGAACAAGUUAGCUGAGAGGAGCUUGGUCUUCAACAACGCAUUUACAUCAGUGAGCAGUUGUUCACCUAGCAGGUCAGUCGUGUUGUCAGGAUUACCUCAGCACCAGAAUGGAAUGUAUGGACUGUUCAAUGGAUACCACCACUUUCAGUCAUUUGAUGAAGUCAAAAGCUUGCCACUACUUCUGAAGGGGGCAGGUAUCAGAACAGGUAUAAUUGGUAAGAAGAAUGUGGGUCCAGAGUCAGUAUACCCAUUUGAUUACUCUGUGACGGAACUUGAUGGCCAUAGUAUUCUACAAACAGGACGGAAUAUCACUUUCAUUCGUCAACAUGUUCGAGAAUUUCUACAACACAAUUCAUCCAGUCCCUUUUUCCUGUACGUGGCAUUCCAUGACCCCCACCGAUGUGGCCACACUCAUCCCCAGUAUGGACAGUUCUGUGAGAAGUUUGGAGCUGAUGGAAGCAUGCCUGAUUGGAAGCCCAUAACUUUUGAUCCUGCAUCUGUUGUUGUCCCAUAUUUUGUUCAGGACACACCUGCUGCCAGACUGGACAUUGCUGCUCAAUACACCACCAUAAACCGCAUGGACCAAGGUAUAGGCCUUAUACUGAAGGAACUAGAAUUGGCAGGCCAUGCAGAUGACACUCUAAUCAUGUACUCCUCCGACAAUGGCAUACCUUUUCCAAAUGGCCGCACCAACUUGUACGACUCUGGUAUGGCAGAACCAUUCUUCUUGUCAUCACCACAUCAUAGGAAGCGCUGGAACCAGAAAAGUGACGCCAUGUUGAGCCAUGUGGAUAUCCUGCCUACAGUACUUGAUUGGUUUGGUGUCAAAUUCCCUCACUACAAAAUCCUCAGAAACCAUGUGACCUUGACUGGCAAAUCUUUACUCCCAUUGCUUGAGGUAGAACCGAAGGAAUCCUGGGAUACUGUAUACGCCAGUCACAGCCUCCAUGAGGUCACCAUGUAUUACCCAAUGAGGGUGGUGAGGAACAAACAGUAUAAGCUCAUUCAGAAUAUCAACUUUCAAAUGCCAUUUUCAAUAGAUCAGGAUUUUUAUAUUUCAAGGACAUUCCAAGAUUUGCUGAAUAGAACACAUAAGGGAGAGGACACACAUUGGUACAAAACUCUCCACAAAUACUACUACAGGGACCAAUGGGAACUCUUUGAUAUCAUUAAUGACCCACAGGAACUUCAAAACCUAGCUCAUGAUUCUAGUCAUUCAAAGGUUUAUCAUCAAUUGCAACACCAAUUGAAUAUGUGGCAGAAUAUAACCUUUGACCCCUGGAUUUGUUCACCCUCUGGUGUUCUACAGGACGCUGGACCACACAAGUACCAUCCACAGUGCUACAGUAUGUACAAUGGACUAUGAGGAAGUGAAUUCCAGUUACAUGUACAUUAGACCAUGAGGUGUGGUCAAGCAGUGAAGUAGUUGUAACACUCGACUUCCAAUAACAGAGAUUCCUUUCCCUAUUUAGAUGUGAAAAGUGAAACAGUCUGCUGCCCACCCUCUAGUUUCCUUCCACCUAGCAUCCCGGAUAUACGCUACAAUCCAGACCAACACAAAGAUUGUUCUAAAGGAUAUUAAGUUUAUAACAGUGGAAGUAACCAUAACAUUAUGUAUUGUCAACUGUGGACUGUUAUAAUACUGCAAUGAAAAGUAUUUGUAACAUACUUAUAGAGGUUCAAGUAUAACAACACUCAAUGUAUGUUACAAGACCUUGGUUUCAUAUUGAUAACCUCAACUAUCUCAAAUUGAAACCAGCAUGCCUCUUCAUAGCCAGUAACAAGAGUUCUGCAAGGCAGAACAUAAUACACCUGUCACAGGUUACACAGGCAUAUUGCAACAGGGAAUGAAAGGAAUAAAGGUAAAGAGCCUCCCGAUGAAGUUGAUCCAUUGAAAAACUAAUCAAGAUAUCAAGCACACACCGUUUUGAUGAUUAAAUAAAGGGCCAGAACUCCUUGAAUUACAGUUGGAAAAAUGCAGUCAUUGAACUUUUCUCAGCAAAAAUGACAAUGAACCUUCCUAUCAUGUUUGAAGUUCAAGAGAUUAAGCGGACAAUGUUUCCGUAAUUGAAUAAAUAAGGCCAUUACUACAUAAAUUCCAGUACAAAAUUUGCGGUCAUCAAACUUGUCAGAGCUAUCAUGAUAAUGAACCUUCCUUGAACUAUGAAUAUGAAACUAUGAAGUUUGAAGGUAAAUAGAUGAAAAACACUUUUGAUAUCGAGUGGACAAUGUUUCUGUUAUUAUUUAAAGGGCCAUAACUCCAUGAAUUAUGGUUAAAAAAUUACCAUGACCAAAUUAGCCUAAGAUAUCAUGGUAAUGAACCUCCCUAUAAAGUUUGAAGUUGAUCUGAUGAAAACUACUCAUUAUCAAGCGAACACCGCUUGUGUCCCCCUACCCACAAACCUGCCCUCCCGCUCAAAUGAUAACAAAAUACAGCCCAUCUUCAACAGACAUAUAAAAGUUUGACUGAUAGAUGCAAAUGUAAAUGAAUCAUUUGUUUAUGAUGGAGAUAUUUCUAUUAUUGGAUUUAUUUUGCAUUUUGCAUGUUAUAUAUGGUGUCAGUUAGCUGAUACAGGCCUAUUAGGCCUAGCACCCUCUUACGUGUUAGAUCUUAUGCAUGAGGUAAGGGACAGAGGCCUCCUCAAUGGUAUAUCAGGCCUAUGGGGACUUUUGUUUCAUAUACUUUACAUAUUAGAUCUGGUGUCUCAACUAUGUGAUACAGGCCUGCUAGGUCUUGUGGUUUACAUUCUCUAUCAUGCAUAUUUUUUUUCUUCUUAAUUUGGCUUCGUUAACUUAGCAAUAAAACUUUCAGGGAAAUUACUUCCAAAUUUCCAAAGAUCUGAAAUUAUUUUUUUCAAUAUAUAUACUUGUUAUGUUUCUCAGAUCACAG